AGCCUCCUUGAUUCAAAUACCAGGAACAAGUCAGCCGGCACAAAGCGAAGCUUUGGGGGGCAGAAAACUCUCACCCCCGUCGGCGUGCGCGCACACACGCGCGUGAAAGCCCAAAAUCCGCCGGCAUGGGGAAGGAGGAGAAGAAAACCCAGCACAGCACGUCCCCAAAUACCCAGAGCCAGACAGGGAAGGCACCCGGAGGGGAGAAAAGCACCGGCUCGACGCAGGAGUCCGCGAUGAUGAAGAAGAAGAAGAAGCAGAAGAAAGCCAAGGGGGAUCCCAAAACGGGCCAGGAGGAGGAAUCCCACACUUGUUGUGGCUGCCGUUUCCCGCUGCUGCUGGCGUUGCUGCAGCUGGCCUUAGGCACCUCUGUAACAGUGCUGGGCUUCCUUAUGGCAGGCAUCAGUUCCUCUCUGCUAGUCAGAGACACUCCAUAUUGGGCUGGGAUAAUUGUCUGUGUGGUGGCCUUAGUGGGAUUUGUUAUGCUUUGUAUUUCAUACCAACCCGAUGAGAAGACAUGUAUGCAGUUCACAAUGAAGCUGCUGUAUUUUCUUCUGAGUGCCCUGGCUCUGGUUGCCUGUGUUUUGGCAGUGGCUUUUACUGCACACCACUACUUGCAGCUGACCAAGUUCACCUGCGAUGCCAUCCGGGAGUCCUGCCAGUGCAAACUGGACACUGCAGACCCCCUGGGCCGGACCUUCGUGUACCAGGACGCAGCCGACUGUGGCAGCCUGACCAGCAUGCUCAGCCUGUACCUCCUUCUGCAGAUGGCUCUCAACCUGGUGGCAGCCCUGGUGUGCCUCCUGACGUGCUUCGUGGUGUGGAAGCACAGAUACCAGGUUUUCUACGUGGGCGUUCGCUUCCAGCCUCUCGUGGCUGCUGAAGGCCACAGGCAGCAAGUGUAGGGUCUGGGCUGGCAGGGGGCUGUGGCCAGAGAUGGGAACUGCCACCGCAGACACCGCGGAGGGAUGGACGCUUGGAAGGUUUUUGAAGAGGAAAAACGCUCACAUGGCUUUAAUGAACAUAUUUUUCAAUCAUUUUAGGAGCAUUUUUCAUGGCUGCUCUUGAGGAAAGGCCUCUUGUGAGAUUAGCUAGAGGUCACAGAGUCCUGAAGAUGCAGCUGUACAAAUGCUCCUCAAAGAGGAUCUUUAAUAGCCAUAGAUAAAAUCAUUGGGAACUCAUCUGCAGGGCUACAGCUAUUACAAAAUAGGGUCCAUUUCCCUCUUGCCUUCAGAGAAGCUAUGCCAAUUUCUACCAGAUAAGGAUCUGAUCCAAACUGCUUAAUUAGAUCAGUGGGAACAUGCUUCGGGAAUGUAUCAUAUCUUGGUGCUCUGGGCGUAAUCCACACUAACCUGAUGGGAAUUUAACAUUCAGGAAAGUAAUGAGGGAGGUCAAGACUUCUUCCAAUGUAGGUUGAGACCAACAUCAAAGUGAAUAUAUUGAUGGCUGCCAUAUAAAAUACACAUAUAACUUUUCAGAGUGAUUAAUGAUAUGGGCUACCUAACCUAAUUACCAAUAAACAACAAAUAUGAUUGAG